AUGGCCUCAAAGAAACUUUUAUGCUUUCUUUUCGUCCAUAUCUUUGCCUUGGGAAGUGCUAACUACUGUAGCGAUUGUUCCCUCAGUGAGUCCUGUUGUUCAGAUAAAGUCUGUAGACAGAGAUGUUUCCACUGUUCGUACGACUACCAGUGUGGAACGAAAGAGCAAUGCUGUGAUAACAAAUGCAUCAGUAGUUUCUCAAGUUGUUCCUGUUCGCACGACUUCCAAUGUGACACUGGCGAGCAAUGCUGUAAUAGCAAAUGCAUCAGUAGUUCGUUUUCUUGUUCCUGCACGUAUGACUACCAUUGUGACAUUGGAGAGGUUUGUUGUGGGGGAGUUUGUUCCUCACACUGUGGUUGGAGCGGUGGAGCUAUUGCAGGCGCCAUUAUCGGCACGAUUAUCUUCUUCGCCAUCAUCAUGUCCAUCGUAUCCUACUGCUGCUGCGCUUCUUGCCCGUACUACCGCUAUCGUACACCCGAUAAUGUGGUCGUCACCGACCAACAAGCACGACAAGAAAUAGUCGCAACUCACACCCACGAGACGGCGCUACGAGUAGAUCUUCCUCCGUUGGUGUACUCCAUACAGCCUCCUCCAGCUGGUUACAACCCGCCUCCUCAAGGCUUUAAUCAGCCUCCUCCGCCUUACUCGAGCUAUCCACCGCCACCAAACCAAUAUCCUCCACCGCCGGGACAAGCUCAAGCGGCGCCGAUACCGGCUGCAAUAAACUCUGGACAACCGAACAAAUUCUACGAAAAGUAG